UUGUGAGUGACAGACGCGCUCUGAGGAGCCGAGAAGGCUAAGCGCCGCCGCGGCCGUUGUUGCUUUCGCCCAGUGUGUCGCCGGCGCCACCGUCGUCUUCCUCCUCCUGCCCCGCUAUGAGGCGGCCUUAAGGGCGGGGGUGAAGCAGCCGGCCCGCCGUCCGUCCUUCUUUCCUUCCUUCUUCCCUCUCCUGUCCCCUUCUUGCCUCAGUCCAGCGCAGCCCGACGCGGCGGCGGGGUCUGGGGGCUCUGCUCACCCGGCCCCCGAUGACUGCGGCAAACUGUGGCGGCGCCAACGACGACUUCGACUUCAGGCUCAUCUUCGGGGAGGACGCGCAGCCCGGCCCGGGGCCGCCGACGCCACUACCACGCGCGCUUGGGCCUGCGGCCGCAGCAGAUCUUGAUCCAGAAGAUUGUGCAUCUGGGUGUAUCUUCAAUGUAGACCAUUCGUCGUCAUCUGUAAAUCAUCCUAUUUGUAUCCCAUGUCAUGGAUUUCAAUCACACCCUUCUCCUUUGUCUUCACCUACUAGACUGCAUAGUCAUAAAGGUUAUGAAGGAUCAUGUGAAAUACCAGAAUCUAAAUACAGUCCACUAGGUGGUCCUAAACCCUUUGAAUGUCCUAGUAUUCAGAUUACAUCUAUAUCUCCUAACUGUCAUCAAGGAAUAGAAGCCAGUGAAAAUGAAUUGCACACCAAUGGCCCUCAAAAUGAAUAUAUGGACAGGCCUUCGAGGGACCACUUGUAUCUUCCCCUUGAGCCAUCUUACAGGGAAUCGUCCCUCAGCCCAAGUCCUGCCAGCAGCAUUUCCUCUAGGAGCUGGUUCUCAGAUGCCUCCUCUUGUGAGUCGAUCUCUCACAUUUAUGAUGAUGUGGAUUCAGAGCUGAAUGAGGCUGCUGCUCGAUUUACCCUUGGGUCACCUUUGGCAUCUCCUGGAGGUUCUCCGAGGGGUUGUCUGGUAGAUGAAUCUUGGCAACCACCUUAUGGAUUUGGUCAUGCCUUGUCACCCAGGCAAUCUCCUUGUCAUUCUCCUAGGACUAGUAUCACAGAUGAAAAUUGGCUUAGCCCUAGGCCGACUUCAAGACCAUCAUCAAGGCCAACGUCGCCAUGUGGAAAACGGCGACACUCUAGUGCUGAGAUCUGUUACGUUGGUUCACUUUCUCCUCAUCAUUCUCCAACCCCAUCCCCAGGUCACUCUCCAAGGGGAAGCAUAACAGAAGACACAUGGCUAAAUUCUUCUCUCCAUGGUCUGACACCUGGCCUUUCAUCAUUUCAGUGUUGUCCAGAGACUGACAUCCCUCUUAAAACAAGAAAGACCUCCGAGGAUCAAACUGCCAUUAUGUCAGGGAAAAUAGAGCCUUGUCCUGAAGAACAGGGUAGUUUAUCACCAUCACUUGAAUCUGCAAUAGAGGAUAGCUCUGCAUCCCCACACACACUGAAAAAAGAUUUGCCUGGUGACCAAUUUCUUUCUGUUCCUUCACAUUUUACCUGGAGCAAACCAAAGCCUGGCCACACUCCUAUAUUUCGCACAUCUUCAUUGCCUCCCCUAGACUGGCCUUUACCUGCUCAAUAUGGACAGUGUGAACUGAAAAUAGAAGUGCAACCAAAAACUCAUCACAGAGCGCAUUAUGAAACAGAAGGCAGCAGAGGAGCUGUAAAAGCAUCCACCGGUGGGCAUCCUGUUGUGAAGCUCCUGGGUUACAGUGAAAAGCCAGUAAACCUACAGAUGUUCAUUGGGACUGCAGAUGAUCGUUACUUAAGGCCGCAUGCCUUCUACCAAGUGCACAGAAUCACAGGGAAGACAGUGGCUACUGCUAGUCAAGAAAUAAUUAUUACUAGCACAAAGGUCCUGGAAAUUCCUCUGCUUCCAGAAAACAACAUGUCAGCCAGUAUUGAUUGUGCAGGCAUUUUGAAACUUCGCAAUUCUGAUAUAGAACUUCGUAAGGGUGAGACAGAUAUUGGAAGGAAAAAUACAAGAGUGCGACUUGUGUUUCGUGUUCACAUCCCACAGCCCAGUGGAAAAGUCCUGUCCCUCCAGGUUGCUUCGAUACCUGUUGAGUGCUCUCAGAGAUCGGCUCAAGAACUUCCUCAGAUAGAGAAAUACAGCAUCAGCAGUUGCUCUGUAAAUGGAGGGCAUGAAAUGGUGGUUACUGGAUCUAACUUUCUUCCAGAAUCAAAAAUAAUAUUUCUUGAAAAAGGGCAGGAUGGACGACCUCAGUGGGAGGUAGAAGGAAAAAUAAUUAGGGAAAGGAGUCAAGAGGCUUCAAUUGUUCUUGAAGUUCCUCCAUACCACAACAAAGCAGUUUCAGCUGCUGUCCAGGUGCAGUUCUACGCUUGCAACGGCAAGAGGAAAAAAAGCCAGUCUCAGCGUUUUACUUACACACCAAUUGUCCUGAAACAAGAGAACAGAGAUGAAAUGGAUUUGUCUUCAGUUUCAUCAUUGUCCCUGACCCAUUGUGCUGGUGUUAAAGGACUCCCUUCUCUUCAAACUCAGCUGUCUUCACCAGAUUCAGGGCUCUCCCAUGAGAGUUUACUUUCUACGUCACCUAGGAGCCUUGUAUGCCCAGUUCAGCAAGCAUAUACACCCAUGGUAUCCUCCUCGGUAUCCCAGCUGCCGCACAUCCAAGGUCGAAACAUUAACCCAGGUGAAGAGCAUCCUGUUCGGUCUCCAGCUGUAGUCCACCAGUCUUUUCAGGUAACAUCAGCACCUUCUGUGAGGCCUUCCUACCAGCCUAUGCAAUCAAAUGUUAUGUUUAACGGACAGUCUGGUCUUCCCAUGAACUCUGCCUCUGCCAGCCACGGAUUUGAUGCAAUUUCAUUUCAACAGGAUGCAGCAGCUGUACCUCAGUUGAUAAACCUUAGCUGUCAACCUCUACCACCAAUGCCGUAUCACUCUUCAAAUCUGGGUUCUGUGUCAACUUCAGCUGUAGCAGGCGGCCAUCCAUCAUCACACCCUGCUCAACAAAGACAAUCGUCACCUCAUCUGCAAUCGAUGGGGUACCACUGUCCAAAUCCUCGGCAGAGUUCUGCCGCAUCUGCAAUGACUCAGUCCCUUGGGCAUCCUUCUGCUCAGCUUCAGCAGGUGGCUUACCAUUCUUCAAAUCCAGGUAACACUUCCUCGCCAUCCCCCAAAUCUUCUCAUUCUAUGGUCCAUUCACCGCGAUCUGGACCGUCUUCUCCACAACUGCAGCCCAUGGCUUACCAGACUUCUAGCUCAGGACCUGCCUCCUCACCCCCACCUCCAACUACCGUUAGUCACUCUGGACAACAGUCGCCUCAGGCACACAGUCCAGGUUUAGGAGGAAUUGCUGCAGCUUCUUCCUUGAUACAUCAUAAUGUUUGUGAUGCAUCUCCAUUUUCACCAGAGGAGACAGCAGCUAAUGUAAAGCCUGAACCUGAAGAUAGAGAGCUGAAUUUUCAGACAAUAGGGCUGCAAGACAUCACCUUAGAUGAUGUGAAUGAGAUCAUAGGAAGAGACAUGUCGCAGAUCUCUGUGUCCCAUGGCACGGUCGUGGCCAUCCAUCCUCCGCACACAUGCCCCACGUCUCUGGAGGCAGGCAUAUCGGAUGCCGUUCAGUAGCAGCUCAACUUGGGGGGGAAGCAGUCCGGACCACUCCGCACUUUCCUCCGAAGACCGCUUCAUCCUUUCUGUAGAUUUUACUGUGCUUCCGACUUUGUGGCCUUGAUGAUUUGGAGCGGUUGUGGCUGUUCUUGGGAGGGAGCAGGCAGGGGGAGGAGGGAUGUACUUCUGGCUUGGAGACCGAGCACUCUAAUUCUAGCUUCCCAGGAUGUUGUAAACAUUGGCAAAAAUGGACACACAGAGAACCAACACAAGCAAUUUUAACCAUGAAAAAAAACCCACCACCACCACCACCAAUGAGCUUUGCUUGUUUUUGUGCGUUUAAAUAGAAUACUUUUAUAUUAAGUGCUUAAUGUAUGGAGAAAUAGUUUUUUUGCUCUCAAUAUGCACAGUACUGAAUGUGGGGGGGAUUUUUUUUUAAAUAUGCAUCUUCAUAUGCUGCUUUUUCCUUAGGAGAGUUAUUAGGAUUGUAAUAUAAAUUUGUAUACCUUUUGGGGGUCAUUUUGAAGAGCCUUUAAGCUUAUAAUGUUUAAAACAGAAGUUGUUUUUUUAAAAAAAAAAAUACAUGACAUCUUCCAGAGGCACAAAAAGUACCCUGUCAUCUUAAGCCAAUGCCUUGGAAGUCUUGUGUAUAAGAUUAUUAGCAUUUUCUUUGGAUUUAUAGGAAGCAAAGCCAAAUGUAGGUCUGUGUUCUUUAUACAUUUUUUAAAAAAAUGUUUGGUAGGCUGAAAAGAGACCAUUCCAUCAUGGAAAUAUUGGGGUAGAAAUGACAUUCCAAAAUAUAACUUUUUAUAACAUUUUAGAUGAUCCCCCUAGCUAGCGCAGGCCCCUGUAACAGAAACAGCUUUAUAUGUUCAGAACAUUUUCUAGAAAUACUCAUAUAAGCAGGGAACUAAGAUGGGGAGGGUGUUUAAUACACACAUCUAGAAGUCCUACUUUAUAAGAAUAUUAUUUAGUCAAAAUCAUUUUAAGGAAGAGUUAUCCCCACAGAAACACAGUUUUGGAAUCCCUCAGGUAGGGUUUUUAACUCCCCCCUCUUUUUGGUGGGUAAACAUAUUAAAUCUCUUUCUCAAACUUGCUGCUUCAAAAUAUUUUCUUGAUGGGAUUGUGGUAGUUUAUGUUUUUUUAUAGGAAUUGAUGUUGUAAAGUCAAAUUAGGUGCAGCCUGAAGUAAAGUGGGUGAAACUGAUACAUUAUGAAAUAUUUCAGAUUUUGAAAAAUGCUCUGGGCCUGUCUGAUAUGGACCAUGAUGGGGUAUGUGGAACCCGAAUGUUUAAUAUCAGAAUCACCACCAGAGAGGCUUGAUAUCACAAUUUCUGUUGCUCUUGUUGUAGGGGCAAUAGUCUGGUGACAAUGAAAGCUGGACUGUAUUCGCUUUUGGCCUGCCUAGAAUGUGAAGCUCAAAUGUUAAAAAAAAAAAAAAAAAAACCCUCUUGCUCAUUCAGGAGGUAAAAAAUGAACUCCCUUACUUUUUUGAUGAAUUGUAUUUCCACCAAAGUCUUAACUGCCUCUGCAUUUUAGAUUCCCCAGUCAAAGUGAUCCAUAAGUAGAAUGGCCCUUUACUCUCAUACUGUUGUCAGCAUGCUUACAGUUUAUUGGGGCCGAAACGUCUCUCCUGGGGGGGACCCUCCAGGAAACCUGCAAACAGGAAGCCACAAGUGUCUAAGUUUCUCCUUCUCCUGUGAAGUAGUUUGCAUGAGCACUUGCAUUAAAGGGGCAUUGAUCAAUAGUAGCCCAAGUAGGGUAUCUGUAGCCCACGGACCACCAGUUGCCUGCCGUUCCAUUAUACGUCAAGCACAAUACAUAAAGAUUUGUUUCCCUGUACGUUUGAACAGAAAAACAAUUCUAACAAAGCACUGUGUUAAUUUUUAGAGACAGGAAGCCACGUACACGCUUUUGCUAGUAUCCACAUAUUUCAAGUGGAGGACAGGAGGCUGCUUUCGUAGGAAAAUGCUAUCUUGGAUAUCUUAAUAUGGUGGACAUCUCAUUUAUUGUGGCUCGCACCUUUUAGUGGUAGAUCCUCUCUGGUACCUCCUAAGAUGCAUUAUAUUCCCAUUUGUUAGGGGCCCCUGCAUUGCAUUGCCAUGUUUUGAAAUCAGAAGGGUCAGGGGUAAUUCUGAACUCAAGAGAAGAGUGGUGGUGCUGUUGUAAGUAAAUCUGUUCCCUAUUUUGCUGACCUUUUAAUAAUUUUUUUUUUUUUAAAAACCCUUGGAGUAUGGCUAGUUACAUUUUGUAGCAUUUCACUCCCUUGAACUAGUAUAAGCGAUUGACCUUGUAACGGUGGCUAUAUUCCAGUUUUUGCUCAUGUAUGGGUCUGCAGUAGUUGCAGGGAGAUUUCAGGUUUCUGAGCUUUUUGUACUCUGGGGGGUGGGGGGAGGUUUCUGCUCCUUGAUGGGUAGGGAGGUGAAACCUUUUCUCUCUAAGUCAUCCUAAGUAGUUUUGAAUCUAUAUUGUACCUAAAAUGUGGGAACCCAAAUAAAUCCCAGCUUGCUAUGCACUAAAUGGGCAAUCCACCAAGCUCUGCAUGGGUCACGACCUCUCUCUGCUUCAGCCAGGUCAAUACUGGCACACCUUGCAACCUCAUGGAGACACAAGGAGAUUUUGUGGCAGUGGAUUUGGUGGAAUGCUCAUGAACCUUCUGAUGCCUUUUCAAAUACCUUGAUGCCUGUAGAAGUAAAAAUGCUUUCCUAUUUAAAAAAAUAGAUUUCGGUACUAAAAAUUGUUGUAUUUUUGCCUUGUAAAAGCUUCAGUACAAGGGUCUUAAUUUUAUUUUAUUGCUUGUGUGAUGCUAUAGGUAAGACUGUUGAUCUUGUAAAAUGUAGUGGGUAUUAAAAGCACAUGCUCUCCAUCAGACUAUGCAAAUUUACAUUUUUUUUUUCAGUAGCAGCCUGAGACAGGCACUUUUGCUAGCCUCCUCCCACCUCAAAAUUGCUUUCAAUGAUGGAGUCCAAGUCUACCAGGGAAAGCAAUGAUGAAAAAUCACUCUUUUACAAAAGGGGUAGGGGUUUGUUAAUCAGAUGUUGGGGGGGGGGGGGGGCAGUUUGUGGCCCAUUGGAUAUGGGUUGUCAAAGUAGUUUUGGUUUUACCAAAGUUUGACCACAAUCUGACACUCGUAAUAAACUCUUCAUUAUAGAAAUGGAACUGCCAUCGUUUUUAAAACCAAAGAUUAAAGAAGAGGAAAAAAAAUGACACAUUUUGUUAGGAUGCAAACAGAGCUUUGAAAACUCUAUUUUUGAUACACAGAAUGAAUGUCAUUCCUAUAAGGUUUGGAGAUUGUUCAGAAUUUAAGUUUUGUAUUUAACAAUGUGGGACAAUUAUGAUUUAAGACUAAAGGUUACAUUCUAGAUGUUUACAGAUCCUUGUAUUGUAAUUUUAAUGUACAUUUUGUGUAUUAAACCUUUUGUAAGUUAUGAUUGCAGUGCUACAUGCAGAAAUACAAAGGGAAGAACUUGCAUUUUAGGCUCUUGAAUCAUAGUGUUGAAAUAAAGAAGAAAAUGCCUAACAAUG